AUGUCCAUCCCAACCUCCACCUCGGUCGUCGAAUCGGCCCUCAUCCGCGCCCCGCUCGCCCACGUCUGGCACUUCAUCAAGCUGCAAGACUUCGCCAAAUUCUGGUCGGCGGUCGAGAAGUCGGAAUUCGUCAAGGGCGCGAGCGAGGAGACGGAUAUUGUGAAGUGGACGUUUAAGGAUGGACAGGCGGUGGAGAUUAAGCAGGAGGAGCAUAGCACGAUCAACCACUACAUCACGUACAGUGUCAUCACGGCGAAGCCGGAGCUGAGCUAUACGAGUGUGCUGAGCACGGUGAAGUGUUAUCCCGUGACGAGUGGAGAGGCGGAGGGGAGCACGUUUGUGGAAUGGACUGGGAACUUCAGCAGUGAUGCUGAUGCGGGUGUGAUCCAAGACGCCAAGUUCAAGCGUCGCGAGGCUCUGGCCGACCUAGCGAAGGCCGCUGCGAAGAAAUAG